CCCCGCGCACCCCGCGAGGAGCGCUCCGCCAUUUGUAAUACACACGUUCCCUCGUCGACUGCGAUCUGCACGGCUGGUCGUGAGCGCGCCACCGCGCUGCAAUUGCAUGUGAACAGAAUGCCUGUGAGGGUGGAUAUCACGCCGCCACCGCCCGCCAACUCCAAGCAGCCGGGCAUCACCAAAUCGUUGCUCUACAACGGCUCCAAGUUUCAAGGAUCGCAGAAGUCCAAGGGGAACUCCUACGACGUCGAAGUUGUGCUGCAGCAUGUCGAUGAGGAGAAUUCGUACCUUUGCGGGUAUCUACAGAUCAAUGGACUGACGGAUGAGUUUCCCACACUGACUACGUUCUUCGAUGGAGAGAUCAUCAGCCAAAAGUACCCGUUUCUUACGCGCAAGUGGGACGCCGACGAGGACGUCGACAAAAAACACUGGAGUAAGUUUGAUUCGUUUUGCCAAUACUCGAAGACGUUCAAUUCGGACACGUUUGACUACAAGGCGCUCGCAAACACCGACUACGUAUUUAUGCGGUGGAAGGAGCACUUCCUGGUGCCGGACCACACCAUCAAAGACAUCAGCGGGGCGUCGUUCGCUGGAUUUUAUUACAUUUGCUUCCAAAAAUCAGAAGCGAACAUUGAAGGAUACUACUAUCAUCGGAGUUCCGAAUGGUACCAAUCCUUGAACCUGACACAUGUACCUGAGCACAGCAUACAAAUCUACGAGUUCAGGUGAAUCGCCAAAGCAGACGUCGAAAACACACAUCACCUCCGCAACAAAACAGAAGCACACCAAGCAACUACGACUACCUGUUAACUACUCAACCACUGGACGCGCGACGCACGCUCGGCCAGUUCGGUCAGUUCGCAAUCUAAUCUUAGGCUCUUGAUUUUCGCGACUUACAUGGGGAACAAAUUGUGCGUUAUCGCUGGGAGCAGGCGGGCGCGCUCUUUUCUAUAUUUAAACAUAAAUGUGCUAGUCAUACGUUUGAGAUUGAACAGUUUUGAUUCGGCGCGAUUCGGCGCCGCAUCAGCAGCAGCAGCAGGUCGGGAACACUUCCUCUCUUUCUAUAUUUCCAUGCGUAGCGAAAUGCAACCGGGGCAGAGACAGAGGGCAAACGCGCACACACUGGACGACGACUGGGAGGGCGUGAGAGGGAUAUUUUUACCAUGACGAACUUUUUAACGCGGCAAUUUGAAGAAUGAUUUUGAUAACUUACAUGGCGGGGGGGCGGAUGAUAAUAAUAUAAUAACGAUACAAAAAAGAAGAAGCGUGGCGAUUAGCGGCGCAUUUCAGUAAUUUAGUGUCAAGCAUCAAUGUUACAAAACAAAACAAAAAAACCUAACUAAACUAAAGAUAACAAAAUGGAAAAAAUACUCUAGCGAUUUAAUGACACACCAAUACACAACCGAGCAGCAUUGUUACGUUAUCAAGUGUAUCGAAACGAUUUUGUUUUACAGGCCUUACUUACUUUGUCGAUUAGAAAAUCAAUAAUUAAUUAAUUGUUAUGUUCGCGGAUCUAUUUUGAACAAUCUCUGUGUUAACUUCGGAUUAAAUAUAUUUUUGAACUGUU